AUGUUCUUCACACGCGCCCUGGUUGGCACUUUGCUUGCUGCUGGACACGCAACUGCUUUCAAGGGUCGUCAGGUGAACGCUCUUCUUCAGCCGGGUCUGGAUAUGGAGGAGGUACUUCGACGGGACGCAGGGCGCAUGGCCACCCUUACUCGACGACAAGACGCAAACCCUGCCGACACUGCACCACUCGCCUCAUUAACACCGUCGACUGGUGAUGCAUCGAAUGUGAACUUGGCUCAAUGGGAGGAGCAGACAAGGACGGCAUGCAUGAGGACCCUAAGCAACCUCAACGGCCAAGCAUCAAACCCAAGUGGAAUCGCCGUCUGCUACAACCUACCCUUCCUCGACAACACGACUGGUGUCUUCCAGGCCGAACUCCGAAUGUACAAUGUCUCGGCUCCUAUUGAUCCAUGGGUUGGCGUCACUGCCGCCGAUGUGAGCAUGACUCUAUCCUACCUUGGCGCAACCGUACAGAACAUGCAAGGCAACUUUGCGAAGCGAGAGGUUGUCGCGUCAAUCAGUGAAGGCAAGCUGGUUGAGAGGCAGGACAUCAACGGCAUGACACAGUUGAAGGUCCUUAUGUAUGUUGGAAGGAUCAACGAGAACCUCAUGGGCUCAGCCAUGACCCAAGAAUCGCUACAGCCUCUUCUCGUUCCCCAGAUUGAUCUCGCCGCCAAGAACCCUGUUACUGGUCGGGAUGUCGAGACUACGCUUUCAUCUCAAGAAGCGUCAUUCGUCAACGGUAUCUUUUCUCGCGCCGGCACCGCCCCUACCAACGCCGAUCCUCAAGCGGCCGCAUCAGCAUCUGCUGCCGUCGCCUCUGCUGCGCCAUUUGUCGUCCCCGGAACCGCCUUGGCCUUCUUCCCCAUCGGCCUCGUCGUCACUUCAGUCUGGGCCUUCUUCUUUUUCCUUGCCGUCGGCUUCGGAACAUACGGCCGUAUCCAAUACCGCGACCAAUACAGGAGGCGUGUAAGAGCUGAGUUGGCUCGUGGUGUCCGUACCAUUUAA